AUGGUGUUACGGAGCAUAAUUCUUACUUUUGAUGGCACUAGUGCUAGCGACGUUUCAAAGAAGAUGGCAGACAAAAGACACAGAUUCCACCACAACUUCGGAUCGUUUAAGUCAAGAACUCGACCACUAGAAAAUACUUUUACAACUGUACAAAGCAGGGUCCAACAUCUUCUUUUCUCGAAUCUGCACAGCAAAUUAACAGGCUUGUUUCCCACAAACAGUCAAUCUGGGAGCUUCGCGUUGUCACGAUGCUUUGGUCGUCGUGAUAAAGAAGGCACACAUGAUUCACGCGAACCCUUCGUGUGGUCGUGA